GGAUAGAUCGCUAUAGCCAGGCCACUCUCCUCGGGAUAUUCAGUUAGACAUCAAGUUACCGUGUGGUCGCGCGGUUAGAUUGGAUUUUUGCGCGCUGUGUUGUGGUAGGACUGUUCGGUGACUAUUUUUUUCGUUUGAAGCUACUAUAGAUUCUCAAAAAUGAACAUACCUGAAGACCGGAUUUCGGGCAUUUACAAGGACAAGUCGGUCCUUGUUACUGGAGCCAGUGGAUUCCUGGGAAAAUUAUUGAUUGAAAAAAUCCUGAGAUGUUGCCCGGAAGUCAAAAUGAUUUACGUGCUGAUCAGGAAAAAGAAGGGGAUGGCCGCUCCAGAAAGACUCAAGUCCAUUUUUGCAAAUCCUGUUUUUGACAUGUUAAGAAAAGAAAAUCCCGAAGCUUUCAGAAAAUGCGCUACAGUUACAGGAGAUGUAUCUGAAGUGGAUUUGGGUAUUUCAACGUAUUACAGAAAAUUAUUGUCUGAAGAAGUCGACUAUAUUUUUCAUUGUGCUGCCACUACAAGAUUUGACGACCCACUGAAAGUUUCUGUUCAAAUAAACGCAAGAGGAACGCACUAUAUGCUUCAGUUGGCCAAACAAUGCCAAAAACUAAAAUUAUUUGUUCAUGUUUCCACCGCAUUUGCUCAUUACAGAGAAGAGAUAGUCGAAGAAAAAAUUUAUGAAUUCCCCACAAACCCACUCAAUCUCUUGGAUUCUUUGGAUUGGACUGAUGAAGAAGCCCUACAAAGAAUAGCUGCUGAUUUAUUUCCUGAUCUACCAAACAGCUACACUUUUUCCAAGAUGUUUGCCGAAGCCUUGGUUGCAAAAGAAAUAAACAAUCUUCCAAUAGUUAUUACAAGGCCAGUAGUAGUUGGUAAUGUUUGCUACGAGCCUUAUCCAGGAUGGGCAAACAGCCUUGUAGGUCCCAUUGGUUUGUUCGUAGCAGCUGGUAAAGGUAUUCUUAGGAUUUGCUAUAUGAACAAGGAUACAUCUUGCAGGAUGUUUCCUGCUGACAUAACCAUUAACGGUAUGAUGGUCAAGGCUUGGGAUUUUUUGGAAAACAAGGGACACAAUGUUGCCAACCUCUACAUUAGAGACGAGGAGUUCAGGGUAACAUGGGAAGACGUCAUAGAAACGGGCAAAAAAAUUGUAAGGGAGAAAGCACCAUUCAACGUUAUGUUGUGGUAUCCAGAUGGUUCCAUAACAGCGAACAAGUUCUACUACUUGAUCAAUUUUUAUUUGUUCCACCUUCUACCAGCGAUUUUCGUCGACAUUUUGUUGGUACUCAUGGGAUACAAACCAGCGCUCUUCAAGGCCCAACGCACCAUCCAGAAGGCUGGGGAGAUGUUUAAGUUUUACACUUUCAAAGAGUGGAAUUUCCAAGCAGAUGCUAUUGCGAAUUGCAAGCCGAUUAUGAACGAGACUGAACGGAAAGUUUACAGAAUAGAUUCCGAAGGCUACGAUAUGGAAACGCAUUUGUUAAACUCGCUACGAGCUGUGAAGAAAAUUCAACUCAAAGAAAAUGAAAAGUAUGAAGGAACCAUGCUGAAAGUUUUGAAGGGGUGGUACUACGUCGAUAGACUUUGCAAGCUUCUCUUCCUAUAUUUUCUUGGUUUAUAUUGUUACAAGCUUUUCUGUUACAUUAUGAAAGUAUAGAACAUUAAAAA